GUUUGUCAGCGCGAUACGGAACUCUUCUCUCUCUAGUUCAUCUAUCCCACUGUUGUCGCUGGUCAAUCGUCGGAGAUUAAUUCGGGUGAUCGGCGAUGGAGAACACGGACGCCUUCUUGGGUCUUCAUGAUUUUCUCGAACGGAUGCGCAAACCUUCCGCUGGAGAUUUCGUCAAAUCCAUUAAAAGUUUCAUUGUUUCAUUCUCCAACAAUGCACCAGAUCCAGAGAAGGAUUGUGCUAUGGUUCAGGAGUUCUUUUCCAAGAUGGAGGCUGCUUUCAGGGCUCAUCCACUUUGGUCUGGUUGUUCUGAGGAGGAAUUAGACAGUGCCGGAGAUGGCUUAGAGAAGUAUGUCAUGACAAAGCUGUUUACGAGGGUUUUUGCUUCAAACACUGAAGAUGUUAUCGCUGAUGAGAAACUCUUUCAGAAGAUGUCACUCGUUCAACAAUUCAUUUCUCCUGAAAGUUUGGAUAUACAACCAACUUUUCAAAAUGAAUCAUCAUGGCUGCUAGCUCAAAAGGAGCUCCAGAAGAUAAACAUGUACAAAGCUCCUCGUGAUAAGCUUGUGUGUAUCCUUAAUUGUUGCAAAGUUAUAAAUAACUUACUGCUGAAUGCUUCAAUUGCUUCAAAUGGGAAUGCACCUGGAGCGGACGAAUUUCUUCCUGUAUUGAUAUAUGUUACAAUAAAGGCUAACCCUCCACAGCUUCACUCAAACUUGUUGUAUAUACAAAGAUAUAGGCGUGAAUCUAAACUUGUUGGUGAAGCUGCGUAUUUCUUCACAAACAUACUCUCUGCAGAGUCCUUUAUCUCCAAUAUUGAUGCAAAAUCCCUUUCAAUGGAUGAAGCUGAGUUUGAAAAGAACAUGGAAUCUGCACGGGUACGAAUUUCUGGUAUGGGAAGCCAGUCUUUUCAAACUGGCCACGGCUCUGCGCCACCCCCUCGUGAUGAGUCCACUCUUCAGAAAACUCAAAUGCAGAAUCCCAAGAGGGAAAACAAUCUCUCCCAAUCAAAAUCGUCUGAUAGUCUUUCUGGGGCCAACGAAAUACUGAAUCCAAACAGUGAGAUACCAAUUAAGAAAGCUGAAUCCAUUUCAGAUUUGGAAAAUAAAGGUGCGGCGCUUCUGAAGGAUACCGAGGCAAGCAAAAUCUUUCAAGAAUAUCCUUACAUAUUUGCCAGUGCUGGUGAUCUGAGAAUAGGAGAUGUUGAAGGCUUGUUAGAUAAUUAUAAACAGCUUGUUUUAAAAUAUGUGUGUCUUGCCAAAGGAUUGGGUGAUGCAACAUCUUUAGCUCCAUCCAGUUCACCAUUGCAAGCGUUGUCCGGUUUUGAUAUGUCUAAGGAACCUGAGGAUCAUACAACAUCGACUUCAAAUGUUCAAAUGAAAAGGGAAACUGACAGCAGUGUUGAUGAUUUGAUUAGAGCUCUACAGGGUGCAGGGGGAGAUGUUGAUAAGCUGUCAGAUGUAAAACAAGAAGAAUACGACGCAUUGUUGGUACAAGGAAAGGAUGAAGAACGUGAUCCCAAGGUGCAAGGAGAAUCAAAUGCCCAAGAAAUUGAUUUGAUGAAGCAAAUUCCUGAGAGAAAAGGUGACAAUUCUAGUUCCCAACUUGCAGAAGACGAAGAUGUUGGUUCCAAACAUUCAGUUGCAGAAACUUCCGAGUGAGCAGAAUGACACGUCAUGGUGAUGAGAGUCUCUUGUAUUGGAUCAGUUAGGAAGAAUUCAUUUAGAGGGAAGCAGAGGUUAGAUCAUAGUUAAAAUACUACCCAUUCGUUUCUUGCAGCUCUGAGUUUUGAGGACAACUAGAGAGCUGUAUGAGAUGAAGGCUAUAUGUAUCUGCAUUCUCCUGGAAAACAAGAACUGUCGAAUGGUAACUUUACUCUCACCAGUUGUGUUUUGUUUUUGAAGCCCACUCUUUGUUUAUUUGUUAUUUGAUUUUGGAGGGGCUCCUCAACAUUUGUCAAUCCAUAUGUAACUCUUACAUUUGCUACUGCGUAUAUACCAUAAGGAUAUAAUCAGAAUAGCAUUUGCCAAGUGUUGGAUACGAA